AUGACCGAAAAAGGCAUGGAUAAGAAUAAUAUGCUGCCAGCACAUCGCCCGCGCCGACGGGGUUCCCGCGCCGGCGUGGCGGCAAGAACUCAGCCGAAGCCCAACCGGACGGAAUCGCUUUUUUUUAAGACGAAGAUUUGCGCCUUCUGGCUUGAGGGUCGAUGCCUACGGGGAGCCGGCUGCAAAUAUGCGCAUGGAGACAACGAGCGCCAUGAAGAGCCGGAUCUCACCAAGACAGCCUUAUGUCGGAAGAUGCUCAGUGGUGGGGAGUGCAAAGAUCCCAAAUGCACCUACGCCCACAACAGAGAUGAGUUGAGAAGUACAGCAGAUGUGUAUAAGACGUCCAUGUGCACCUUCUUCAAGUAUGGCCGAUGUCAGAUGGGUUCCAGUUGCCGACAUGCCCACUUCGAAAGCGAGCUGCGAUCCCAUAAGGAGAUCCAGGCGCUUGAUGUGUGCAAGCCGAUCCACAGUGCAGAGGAGCUGGAAGGCGACUCAGAUGACGACUUUCUGAACGAGGUUGACACAAAGUGGGAAAGGGCAAUCACCAUGCCUCCAGCAAUAGGACAGCAAUUGCCGCAACAAAGUAGAGAGCGUGCUUUCACUAAAGGUAUUACUCCAGAUCCUCAUCCCAAAUGGGCUGACAUCACUGAAGACGCCGAGGAGGACGAUGAUGACUUUUUCGACGACAGUUUGUGGGGUCGCAUGUCCACCACGCCAGCACCAACGACACAACCAAUGAAGGAGCAGGUGCAACUACAUUCACAUCUCACCAACACGAUGCACAGAAAUGGCCCUGGCAUUUUGGAGGCCAAUCUGGCUCGCCCUGACGUCAUUCCUGGACCAAGCAUCGUGCAGGUGCAGAUGAUGCCGCAGAACAAUGCGAUGCAUCAAAACGCUCCAGGGAUGAUGGAACAGGGGGCCGGUGCAAACAAUAUGCAGAUGCCAAUGCAACCGCAGCUCGUGGCUGUGGCGCACGGAGCUCAAUCCCCGUGCCAGCCAAAUAUGCCAGGACAAGGUAUGGCGCCCGUGGCUCAGAACAACUUCGUUCAAGGAGUCCCGGCCCAGCAGAUGCAAAUGAUGGGUGGGUACAACGUGGCAAACGUGGCCAAUGUGGCCAACGUAGCCAACGUGGCAAAUGUCGCCAACGUGGGGAAUGUGGCCAAUGUUCCGGCCAUGGCUAUCGUGGUGCCAGUGCCUGUGCCAGUCAUGGUAAUGCCUCAACAGGCUCAGCAGGCAAUGGGAUCUGAUGGUCCAGGUAGCCCUGCUAGCAUCAGCAACGUGGGCAACAACGUCGGCGUCGCGCAGGUCGCGCAGAUGCAAGGGAUGCAGCCUAUGCCUAUGCCUAUGCAGCAGCAGCAACAGCAGCAGCAGCAGCAGGGCACUGUGAUCGCGAUGCCGGGGCAUUGCGGUGCACAAGCCAGGGAGGUGAAUGGUGCAGCGCCGACCACCGUGACAGAAACAAAGAAGGACAACAUGAUGCGGUGGUGA